ACUGUUAGAUGUGUCUUAUUCUUGGAUAGCAGUACUAACACCAUACAAACUUUAAUCCAGAAGAUGAAUGUGACAAUGGCAAGAGAAGGACUAAAACAUUUGACGUAGUGUUUAUUCGAUAACAAUCAAAAUGCGGAAGCUUUUAAUAUGUAGAUCAAGGACAGGGAAUGGAAAACGAUGGGCAUAGAAAUAGUGUACCUCAGGAAAUCGCUGAAUAUUCAGCACUAGUAGUCAACUGUGUUGAGUUGGUACCUGCAUUCAACAGACACGAACAAAAACGUUUUGUCCUCUUUCCACCUGACUUAGGUAGCCGCCUGUCUUUGGUAGUCACACAGUUGGCAGAUCAUUACAGGUUUGAGAAAUGACAGAGAUUAAAGUUCCGGAUGCAGGUGGCGCCACCAUGAACAUGGUGGACGUCGGAGGAUUCAUACAACCAAUCUUCCUUAAACCCGGAACGGAAAUAAAGGACAUUUUCGACAAUGUUCCGAAUUACAAGUUCCGGGACAACGAUCUAAUGCUUUGCACAUUUGCUAAAACAGGCACAAACUGGUUGUUUGAAAUACUAAUGAUGAUUUUAAACAAGUCUGCAAAGCGAAUAAAAACGAACAAAGUUUUAACAAUGCUAGAAUGUGUAACUGCUGCGGAGGCAGACCAGCAACCUUCACCGAGAGUUGUGAAUUGUCAUUUCCCGCCAAGAUUUCUUCCUCUGGCUGGUAUGAAGGAAAAGCAGAUCAAAACAGUUUUAUGUUUACGGAAUCCAAAAGACACGGCUGUAUCGUAUUACAAUCAUAUGAAGGGUAUCAAAGUCUAUGGUUACGAUGGCAAAUGGGAAGACUGGUUACCAGUGUAUGUGCAAGGAAAAUUGGAAUAUGGGAGGUACAGUGAAUAUUUGUUGGAAUGGCAGCGCGAAGUACAGAAUGAUCCAGGAUUCCCUCUACACAUCAUGUUCUAUGAAGAUUUGAAAAUGAAUGGAAGAGAUGAGCUGGAUAAGUUACUAAAGUUUCUCGACAUACAGCUAGAUGAACAACUGAAAAAUGAUAUCAUUGAUAUGUGUGGUUUUAAGAAAAUGGCAGAGGAGAAAGGAAAAGACAAAAUAAGUGAGGCUUUCAUCAAACCAGAUUUUAAAUUCUUCAGGAAAGGUCAAGUUGGUGACUGGAAGAACUGGUUUACUGUUGCGCAAAAUGAAAUGUUUGAUAAAUGUUGGAAGAACGAAACAAAAGACCUAGAACUUUUGAAAUUCAAAUAUACUCACGAUAACGUAUGAUCUUGCGAAAAUUUGUUUAAAUGUCUCAACGAAUUUUGUCAGAGUUGUUCUAAAAAUGCCAAAUUUUUUAUUGUAUAAGGCCGCUAUAUAUUUUUACAGGAAGUUGCAAGUAAAUGCCUGGUAUGGAGA